CUAUUGCAAUCGCUGGGCAACAUGCGGGCGCUAGCGCACCGAACUGCCAACCGAGUGCCCUGUAAGAACCGCCGAGCCCUGCUUGCAUGCACUCCCUUCAAGUCAUUGUCACCUAGCAACAAAUGUUCAAGCCGUCAAGUCGCUUUACCAGCCAAACGGGGCGAUGGCGAACUCGACGAGGAGCUUGCGAAGCGGCGCGCGAUGGAGGAUGAGCUGCGUGACCCCAAGAACUUCCUCGAGUACUUCCUGCCGCGGCCACUGCGCCUGGCCUUCUUCGGAGGCUCUGCGGCGUCCUGCCUCAUCGCGUCCCUUAUCACAGCCGUGCAGCUUAUACAGAGCCCUGCUCUGGAGCUCGCUGAGGGCACGACUGCUCGCGAUCUGAUCGUCAACAUCAUCGGCCUCGCCACCUUCACCGGCCUGUUCAUAUACGACCAGAAGCAGGCCGCGGUGCGCGUGGAGCGGCGGCGCGAGAUCCGCGAGGCCCAGAUCGCUUUCGGCGACCGGGAGGUGUUUGUGAACGACCAGGGCGAGAAGAUGUCCCGACUUAAGGAGGUGAACGACGACUGGAUUGUUCGGCGGCUGGAGCGGUGGGGCAAGCGCGACGGCAUGCCGUUCGUGGGUCCGGACAAGGGCGCGCUGCUGCAGCAGCUCGUGGCGGACAAGGCGCCGCGGCUGGUGGUGGAGGUGGGCACCAUGGCGGGCUACAGCGCGUUACUGAUGGCUCAGGCGCUGCCGCCCGGCGGCCGCAUCGUGACGUUCGAGAAGGACCUGAGCUGGGCGCUGGCGGCCAAGCGCUUCAUGUGGCAGGCCAGCCAGGGCGAGAAGAACCAGGGCGUCAGCAGCCGAGUGGGAGACCGGGUGUCUGUGGAGUGGGGCGAUGCGCGCGAGAAGCUGGCGGGUGUGCUGCAGCGCGCGGGCGGCCCCGGCUGCAUCGACCUGCUGUUCCUGGACGGCACGCCCAAGGAGUACCUGGACUACCUCAGGGCCGCAGAGCCCUUCCUGGCGCCGGGUGCGCUGGUGGUGGCCGACAACGCGGGCGUGUUCGCGCAGGGCGGCCUCAAACCUUACCUUGAGUACGUGCGCGGCGGCAGCGGCGGCAAGUACCGCAGUGAGCUCAUCGCCUGCAAGCUGGAGUGGCGGGAUGACGUGGACGACGGCAUCGAGGUAUCCACGUGGCUUGGCAGCGGGAGCGGCAGCGGCAGUGGCGCGGCGGUGGAGGGAAGCAAGGCCGCCAGCGGCGUGGCGUGAGGGCGGCAUGGGACGGGGGGAUCGGGAGUUGGCAAAUGGGUGCGCGUAGUCAGCGUUGCGUUUUUGAUGGCUGCCCUGAGCAGGCUGCAACAGUCUGAGAAAUGAGAGGAGAGCUUCAAUUUUGUUUGUGCGUUAGUAUGAAUUAGGGGUCAUUGAGAUCACUGGUGAUCCGCAAUAAGGGCAUGUGGCGGAGUUGGAGAGCGGGGGGCCGGUGGGUGUGGCGCAAGGAUCGGG